CAAAAUCAAUGUAGUCUGUCCGCUCGCUCGGUUUGCCUCGGAUUGCCCACGCCCUAGUCCACGCUCAUACCUUCGAGCCCGAGCGGCACAAAUUUGCGCCUCCAGUCCGGUCACUGCCUCGUUCUUGUUUUUCUCUUUCCCUCUCUCGAUCUUCCUCAUUAUAGCCGCUUCGUUUUUUUGUUUUCAAAUUCCGUGCUCGCAAAAAUUUAUUUAAAAUAAAUAAGGUGACCUAGUGGACUUACAAAAAAAAAAAAAUAAAUAAAAAAAUUAAAUUAACUACAAAAAUCAAGGGCGCAAACGAGAGAUAAAAAAGAGAGAAAAAAAAAUAAAGAACAGAAGAGAAAACAAUUGUUUAUCGUGAUGAAAUCAUCUGCGUGCCAGUUCGACUCUCCCUUGAGAAUAACCUCUGCGUCGAGAGAGAGAUGAACGUCUAAAACACAAGCUGAAAGGACCAUGCACUUUUUUUAGAGGGAUGUCAACGUUGCCCUUUCAGCGCAAAAUGCAUGCAGCUGUUACAUCUCAAAUGCAUCAACAUGAGUAUGAGACCUUAAAAUGUGGAAUUAUGGAGUUGCAAAAUUACUGAAAUCGAUGCUCCUGUCGACAAGAACAAACGUCGUGGGAUGUAGUUGACGUUGCUCUUUUUUUUUUUAAGAACGAGAAAACGACAGUAAGACAACUGGAGGGGUUUGUUGAGGCUGAGGCGGAGGAGGAAGACGAGGACGAGGCGAAAAAGGGGGUUUGGGGGGCGGGUGGGGGUUAUGAUGGGGGUGUGGGCAGGGUUGAUAUGUGAGUAAAAAAAAGAAAGAAAGAAAAGAGAGAGAGAGAUAGAGAAAAAGAGGUAACGAGGGAGGGGAAAUUGGUAUGAUAAAGAAAGCCGGGGUCACGACAGAACAUGAACGUAACAUUAGUGACUCAGACCCUGAGCAAUGAGAGUUUCAAUAUCAGCGCAGUAAAUCCUGAAUCGGGGAACUCGCAUUACUCGCCAGUGGGUAAAACAUUGCUGGUCAUUGUUGCAACAUUUCUAAGUCUUGUCACUGUUGUUGGAAAUAUAAUGGUGAUGAUAUCAUUUAAAAUUGAUAAACAAUUACAAACAAUUUCCAACUAUUUUCUAUUUAGCUUAGCAGUGGCGGAUUUUGCUAUUGGAUUAUUUUCAAUGCCAUUAUUCACUGUUUAUAAUGUACUUGGAUAUUGGCCAUUAGGACCACAUAUAUGCGAUACAUGGCUUGCACUUGAUUAUCUCGCGAGUAACGCCUCAGUACUCAAUCUUCUUAUCAUCAGCUUUGAUAGAUAUUUCUCAGUCACUAGGCCACUUACUUAUCGUGCCAAGAGAACCACCUAUAAGGCUGGCAUCAUGAUUGCUUGUGCCUGGGGAAUAUCGCUUUUACUAUGGCCACCGUGGAUUUAUGCGUGGCCAUAUAUUGAGGGCCAACGAACAGUUCAAGGAAACGAAUGUUAUAUACAAUUUCUUGAGACAAAUCAUUAUAUUACAUUUGGCACGGCAAUUGCCGCUUUUUAUAUACCAGUGAGCGUCAUGAUUUUUCUUUAUUGGCGCAUAUGGCGUGAAACUGAAAAACGUCAAAAGGACUUACCGAAUUUACAAGCCGGAAAUCAGGACGCGAGUAAAAGAAGUAAUUCCAGCGAUGAGGCCUUAGAUCUGGAUGAAUGCAGGAGGCCGAGAAGUGAGUCAAGUACAGGCGCAGAUGAACUUAAUACUCACUUCGCUGUUUCUUAUCUGGAUAGGCAUUAUCCUCAACAUAAAAUGAAGCAUCGGCCAUUUUCGUGGACGUGGUUAAAAAUGUGGUGUGUCGCGUGGUGGCACAGUGGCCGAGAGGAUGAGGAUGACGAGGACGAUAUUGGCGGACCAGAAAGCAGUAAAGCUGGCUGCGAGGAAACCCUUACGCCAAUUUCCGCCGAAACACCAAUAACAGCAACGGAAUCACGUUGCCCGUCUCUCAGUGUCAUUCAAGCAACGAGUUUGCCUCUCGACAAAGUCACUGCCACUGCCGUUGAACUUAAUUCCGAUUAUAAAACAACUACAAGAACCGCCGGCAACGAUUCGGUCUACACAAUACUGAUUCGUUUGCCAACAAAGGAGGACGGAGGACGUUUUGGAAAUGAGGGUCCAAGUAUAAAAAUGUAUCACGACGAAGUGAUGACAUUCAGUGUUCAUAAUGCAGUUGAGGGUCGUCAUCAGGAUAAGGGAAAAGUAUUGAAUUUAGAGACUUCGCUGGCGAGUCCAUCGUCAAUAAUUCGACGACCAUCGCAUAUACCUGACAUUAGAAUACCAUUGAAUGCUCGUAAUGUUCCAAAAACAUUAACAACAGGUGGUGGUAAUAAAGGUAUUGGUUCAAAGCCACCAGUCAAGAAAAAAAAGAAAACACAGGAGAAAAAGGCUGAUAAAAAAGCGGCUAAAACAUUAUCGGCAAUUCUCCUUGCCUUUAUCAUCACCUGGACACCUUAUAAUAUUCUUGUUCUAUUAAAACCCCUUGCCGCAUGCACAGACUGUAUACCACAGGAAAUGUGGGAUUUGUGCUAUUAUCUUUGUUAUAUUAAUAGUACAGUGAAUCCAGUGUGUUAUGCAUUGUGUAACGCGAAUUUUCGUCGUACCUACGUCAGGAUUCUCACGUGCAAGUGGCAUAGUCGAAAUAGAACUGCAAUGAAUCGUGGCUAUUGAAAAAAUUUCAAGGGGUUCAUUUUAUAUUCCUCUUUAAGGUGGCAGGUGAAAAAAAAAAAUUCAAUUUUUUCUUUUGCCAACAAAAAAAAAAAAAAAAAGACUGCUACGAAUUUUUUCAGUCUCUUUUUUUUUGGAUUUCUUAAAAAAGUGAAAUUCAAAACAUUGUAUUUUGUGCCUCCAAAGAAGUCUGCGCGCUAGAUAACAAAAAAAGUAGAAAGACACUUUUUAUUUAAAUUCCCGAUUGGAUUUUUUAAAAAGAAUAUUUUUCAAAAUCCGCAGUUCUUCAUUUUUUUUUCACAAUAUUUGAGGCACGAGAAAUAAAAUUAAAAAAAAAAAACCGCACAAAAUAUUUACUCGGAGAAAUUCCUAAAAAUAUAUAGUUAGAAAUGUUUCGAAUCGCGAGUUUUUCUUUUUCGAAAAAAAAAAAAAACGGAAGACUUUUUUCUAAUUUUAAGAAGUAGUAAGAAAAUCGUAAAUGAAUGUUCUAUAUAGGUAUAUAGUGAUGAAGGGAGAUAAAAAAAAAUAUAUAGCGAUGGGAAGACAAUGGGAAAGGGUUUUUAAAAAAAAAUUUAAUAAAAACGACGCAGAGAAUCGAAUGCUUCCGUACUGAAUGACAUUCUAAUUAUACGUGCCAAACAAAGCUUUAAAAAAAGAUAUCGACGAAUAAAAAAAAAAAAAAAAAAAGAAAAAAAAA